AUGCGCGAUGCUGAUAUACCUCAAGCUUGGAGAUUACUCACUCAAUAUCUGACAAAAUUCGACUUGGCGCCGGUAUUUUCCCUUGAUGAAUUUGAAUAUUUAUGUAAAAGUCGGCCGACCAUCGUGAGCGCAUUUGUUGUUGAAAAUGAUCAAGGUGAAAUAACCGAUUUCAUAUCGUACUAUCAUUUACCAUCGACAAUUCUGAAUCAUCCACAAUACAAGAUAUUGAAUUCAUGCUAUAUGUAUUAUUAUGCUGCCAGUCGAACACCACUGACCGAUCUCGUCAAUGACUGUCUUGUACAAGCACACAAUAGUGAUUUCGAUGUGUUCAAUGCGCUCGAUAUAAUGGAUAAUAAGGAAUUUUUAGAAAAACUUAAAUUUGGUGUCGGUGAUGGUAAUAUUCAAUAUUACAUCUACAAUUGGAAAUGUCCACUGAUGCCUGCCGAAAAAGUUGCAUUGUUUGACCGUAAUGCAUUUAUUCAAGCAUUAUCGCGUUUUUCAAUACUUAAUAUAAUAUCUCAAGUUAUGGAAGUAAAAGCUAAAAAUGUUAAAUAUCUUAAAAUAUUAAUAUCAGUUGCACAAACUGAUGUAAAUUAUCUUAGUGAAACUUGGUAUGAUGUAUAAUUCAAUUUAAAUCGUAGAAAUUUCAUUUUAAUGAUUUUUCUUUUCAGAUUUUAAAAUUUAUUAGAUAAUUAGAAUUAGCACAGUUAUUGUAUGUUAAUGCUAAUAAAUCAAAAAUGGUUUCAAAUUAUAAUUAACCGAAUAUGACAGCUAGUAGUACAUCAAUAAUAUUUAGUUUACCAUUUUAUAAUUGUUUGCAUAUUGAACAAAGUAUGUUGAUAGGCACGUUCCAAUCAGCUUAAUUUGUUCAUAUAGAAAAAAAAACACUUCAGCCGAGGUUGAAAAAUACGGCGUUGUAUACGGUCGUAUACGACAUGAAUACUAGUCGUAUACUGUCUUACACGAGAGGAAUACGACGACCUACGAUGGAUGUUUUUGGUAGUAUCGUCUGUCGUAAUUCAU